GUUUAUGGCGCUUCAGUAAAGUAAAAUGUUUUGCUUUAACACAUGUUACUCUAGUAACCAUCUCAAUGACUUUUGUGUUAAUUUUUGCAUUUUAAUUAAAUAGUUUAAUUAUGAGGCACAUUAAGUUUCUUGGUCGUACUGUUUUAGUUAAAGAUGGUAAAAUUGAAGCUGCUUUCAAGAUUAUGAACAGAGUUCUUGCCAGUGAAGGCUGUUUCGAAAAUUUUAGACGAAAUCAAAGAUAUGAAAAACCUUAUCUUGCCAGAAGGAGAUUCAAUUUCGAGAGAUGUAAGGCCAUUUAUGAAGAAGACAUGGCAAGAAAGAUUAGUUUCAUCAUGAGAAAGAACCGAGUUGAACCGUAUCCUGGACGAACUUAAAUCAAAUUAAAUAUUGUAAUUAGUCAAUCUUCACCUUUUCCAUGUAGUUAAAGUUAUAAUGGCGAAAAGAAACCUAUUUAAUGCUAUUUCAAUGCAAACUCAGCACAAUAUAUUUGCAAUCAAUAUAUUUAAAAACUAUAGUCAAUAAAUUUGAUUCCUACAAUUAAAAA